CAGCGCACCCACAGACACUCUCCAGCUCAGCCACAAUGAAGCUGCUCCUUGUCAUCGUCGCUCUCGGCCUCACCAUCAGCAUCUGUGCCCAGCAACUCUCAGCAGCUCCCACUAUUCCAAUGGGUACUCUGUGCUGUGAGCGUUAUAUCAAAAAAGAAUUGCCAAAAGCACGUAUUGUGAACCACAUAACAGUUCCCAGCUCUCUCUACUGUUCCCGAGCUGCUGUCAUAUUCCAGACUAUAGCUAACCGCCUGGUGUGUGCUAAUCCAGAAGAUCAGUGGGUGCAUAAUCUAGUGACGGAGCUCACAGGGCCGAUGAAAAAAGAUUCAUCCUGA